CUAGACACGCAUUGCAUUUCCCCACCCAAAUCAAUCACCGUACGGAGUACUACGUUUCUCUCCUACCGGAAAAAAAAAACCCGAUGUUCUUCACAGAAAAUCAUAACCACUCAUUUAAUAAAGGCCCCACACAUGCGCGAUUGCUCGCACUAUUAUUCCCAUUUUAGCUAUAAAUGACAUUAUUCUCGCCGUCUGUCAGAAUUUUCUGCGCUUCCCUAUUCUCUCUCCUCCCUCUCAAAUGUGGUAAUAUUUCUGGGGAUUUGCUCAUUUGCAGCUCUUCUUCACUUCUUCUUCUAUGGAGUAGAGUACAUUUUUAAUGCCAUUUAAUUUCCAUUCUUAGAUCUUUGGUUGUUCUUGGGGGCACGGCCGUGUUACUCUCUCGAUUUCGCUUUUAUAUCCUGCUUCGUUUCGUGAAGAACCCGAUUCUCUUUAAACACGAGAAACGAAUUCCACUUUUUUUGGAGAGAGAAUAAAGUGCGAUUGAGGAGAGAGAAAAAAGAAGCGAAAUAUGUAGGGAGAUUUCGUACUGAUUGAUGGAGUACAUUUCUAGCUUGCUGAAAAUAAAUUUGGAAAAUUUAAUUUUCCUUCAAUUUUCGAUUGGUUGGCUUUGAUAAUUCCUGGUGAAAAAAUAAAAAAUUAAUAAAUCCCACCAUUUUCUCCUUUUCUUCAGUAACCAUUUUCAGUUGCUUUUUUUUUAGAGUGAGAAAGAGGAGAGAAAAAGAUGAGAGAGAAAAUGAUGGAGAAGAGUGGAGGAGACGAGAGGCGUGUGAUGAGUCGGCAAUCUGGCCCCAACAAGAAGAAGACUCAUCAUCAUCUGCUUGUAUUUUCUGGUAUCGAGGAAAAGGAAGAAUCGAGGAGAGAGAAAGUAAAACAACUGAGUAUUGGUGAGAGAGAAAUGGAUUUUGAUGCUCAAGAUGAGCUGCUUCACUCUACUACUGUCAGUUCUAUCAAAUUCAAGCUUCCCAGAAAGAUAUUCAGUGAUUACAAUACCUCUGUUCCAAGGAAGCUUCGUUCUGCAAUUAGAAAACGUAGCUGUGAAUCAGCUUCAGUGGUUUCGCCAGAUGCAAAAAGAUCAAGCAAUAGUUUGAAGAAGUCUAAGAUUUGCAUGCAGAAUGGUUGGUCAGAACCUUUCCUAAAAGGGGCUGUUUCAGUGGGAAUUUCUAAAGAAGAGGAAGAGGUGGCAGAGACAUUGUUUGCUUUGGCCGGAAUGAUCCCUCACGUUGGCGUGGAUGUCAACCAUAAGGACUAUGUGUCUCUUGAGGCAAAAUCAUCAGACUUGCCGAAGAAACAGCACAGUGAUCCUAUGCCUUCAUCUGAAGAUCCUUUAAUUCUGAAAGAGAAACCAGAUGCAUCGACUACAGAGGGCUCACCAAGGGACUCUUCACAGGCGACAGCUGUGGAUGAUUCUGCACCUUUUAUUUGGUCUAAAUUGUCAGAAAGGCGACAGAUGAAUCCGAACUUGAAAGUUUCUGUUCCCCCAACACAAUUUCAGACCCCUCAGCUGCUUAGGGCAUGUGCAGACAGACAAUUUACACAUUCUACUUCUUAUGGUUCAACUGAACAGAACCGAGAGAGGGGGUUAAGUGAGAUAAAACCACAGAAAUCCCAGUUUCCUAAGAGAGAAUCCCACAUCAACAUAGGAGUAACAGAUUUAGAAGCUAGUCAAGGUAGAGAGUAUGCUACGUCAAUAGAGUGCAGAGAUAAUGCUUUGGCAUCAAGACCUUUACAUGGUUCGGGUGUUGAUGGACUCUCUUUGGAGUCCUCUGCUCCAAUAAUUCCAUCUUGGCUUAAUUUUACUUCCUCGUCCAAACUCGUUUCCUGCAAAGAUACUUCGUCAGCUGGCAAGGUACCGUGGUCCAUAAAUGGUGGAAGGAAGUCGUGGAAAAGAUGUCUUGCUCAUGUUUACAUUAGCCGCAUGAUUCAGGUGCUGCAAGCAUCAGAAGAAGUAGACAUUAAGCCUUUAAAUGCCAGCAAAUCUAGACCAUCGCAAUAUAGGUCUGCUGGACCUGUCACUGGCAAACAGGAAGACCUAAAUGUAAUUCUUGCAUCUGGCCAGGGAGGCCACAUGUUUUGCUCUACUGCUGACAAGAAUAUAUGUGGAACGGAAAAUGAUGCAACAGUACCCCUCAAAAAUGGUCAGGUUGAAGAAGACUGUUCACUCUCCGGGAACUGUGACUCAAAGAAGCAGAGCUAUAAUUUCCUGUCUCUGUCAACUGGAGCUGGCACAUAUGUAAACAAUGGAGUAAGUGUAAAUAGGUUGGGAAUGAAUAUGAAAGCUAAAGAUCAUGUACUUCAACUGCAUGAAGUUGCACAGCGUAAUACCUAUGUUUCUUGCUCUAUGCCUCAAAAUAGUUUUCCCCUAAGUCGUUACCAGGAUCAAGUUACAUCAGUAUCAGUGGCACCACCAUCGAUGCCACCGCAGGUUCACAUACAAGUGCCUCCAUAUUUCAGUAAUGGUUGUGGGCCUGUUCCUUUGGGCACAACAAGAUCAACACAACAGGCAUAUCCUAAACAGCAGCAGCAGCAGCAGCAGCAGAUUUGGACAACCCAACUCGCGGCACAGUUCAGGCCUGGUCUACUCCGUUCGUCCCAUAUUGCAAAUUGGCAGAAUAUUGCACGGGAUCCACACUCAAUGAAUCAAAUGCAAGCUCCCCGAUCAUCUCUAGAAACUAUAGGUUCCAAGUAUAUUCACAUUUCUCAGCAGUCGCAGCAGCAACUUUUAGGGCUUUGUCCAUCCCUGCCAACAUCCAAUGCAAAGAAUCAAAACAGUCAACUCCCUUCAACACGCGAAGACAAAGAAGGUCGAUUUCAUCCUGAUGGUGUGUUGCCAUUGAAACUACUCUGCAAUGAACGGCUCUUGACGUGAGAAGAGGGCUUUGGACAGGAGAAAUAGGUAAUUUUCUUCCUGAAAUUCUAUGGUACCCACAGUUGGAUAUAAUGAAUACGAAAAUUGAAUGCACAAGGAUCAGGAGUUGUUCAUGGCUGAUGUGUUUGUUUACAAUGCCAGACAAGGUUUAGGAAAUAUAAACUAGUGGCUUCUUAGGUCUGUUGAAAAAUGUUUGAGAGCUGACAUGACCAGUAAAACAUACACCGAGCCCUUAAACGGUUUGGGUUUAUUACACUUGUUCAGAUAGUAUACAUGGGACCAAUAUUACAAAUACUUCGAGCGAUGGUUGUACCUUUAGUUCCUAUUAGUCAUACUGAUUACUGAGGAACAGCAGUUUGCAUAGGUGUGGAGGGUGGUUUGCAAGCUAGUUCGUCCGUGAUUCUUCUAGGAAUUCUUAGAUGUAGGAAUUCUUUGAUGCCGUGUAUUUGAUAUGUUCUAUUCUGUAUAUUCUACUGAAUCAGCAGAGUUUUGAUGUAGUUGAAAUUUUGUUCAA